CCAGAGCCCAGAGGAGGCAGCAAGUCGUUCUCGCAUCUCGCGCGCCUCGUGAACGAAUCCCUAACCCCACAAUUAAAAGCAAGCAACCCCCGCUCCCCCACCUGCGCUAAUUAAUCACAUCACGAGAUCCCCUUGCCCACCUCCUUCGCCUCAGUCACACGCCUCGAUCUCGCCUCGCCGCGCUCCCACCACCGCACCAUCCCGGCCGCCUCGCUCGCGACGCACCAAGGUGCCCUCGUAUCCCGCGGCGCCGGAUUGGGUUCCCUCCGGGGAUCACGCGGCGAGCCUCGCCGCUCGAGCCACAGUUGGUACAGUUGGUCAACAUGCGAUUGCGAUGCCUUGGUACCAUUAUAUGGAGCACCAGGACAUAUGCAAUGCAACCUAUGAGUACCCCAGCAUAUGGAAGCUAGAUGCAGCAUGUGGCUCAGUUGAUCCAGCGCACAAAGGCUACUUCAAACCCUCAUUUGUCAUCAAUUUCUUAGAUAAAAGAGAGCAAUAUUAAAAAACCAUUGUCUCAAUGGCUGGUCAUUAUAAUUUUAUGCUAUCUAUUCAUUUGCAAGUAUAAAUAAAUAAAAGGAGAAGGGGUUUCUUGUGGAAGGGACAGGAGCAAGCCAAUGCAGGAAAUUGCUUGGUAUUUUGGGCUAAGGAUAAUAUGUUCAAUCUGUUUCCUUGUUCAUUUAAACGUAGAGUGGCCUUGAAGGAUGAUAAUUGAAGCAAAAUGAUUCUCUAUUUCACCAUAUUUUGGAGAUGGAUGAUCUGCCAGGAGAUGAAGGAAGAUCCCAGACACACCCUUCAGACCGGAAUUGGCCCUCCCAUUUGGAGCAGAAGUUCCAGUCCCUGCCCCUGACUAAACAGGAAAGGAAUUUUGAUUCUGCAUAUUCUUCCCUUGAUUCUAGGGAAGUUGGUCAUUCAUUGCAGGCUGCUCAGACAUUAUGGUCUAGCGGAUCCCUUUCAGGUCCAAUACCCAAUGGUUUUUAUUCCAUUAUUCCGGAAAAGAGACUCAAGGAGCAUUUUGAUACCAUACCUUCUCCUGAUGACCUUUAUUCUCUUGGAAUAGAAGGAUUUAAGGCUGAGAUUAUCCUUGUGGACAUAGAAAGAGAUAAAAAGCUAUCUGCUUUAAAGCAGUUAUGCACAGCACUGGUAAAAGGAUUGAAUUCAAAUCCUGCUGCAAUGAUAAAAAAAAUUGCAGGUUUGGUUUUUGACUUCUACAACCGACCAAACCCACAUCUCAGUCCUGCAAGAACAUCCUCUGAAGAUCUUUCCAAUUUAUUAGAAAAUCGAGGAGUUCAAUUGCUGGGACAGAUAAGACAUGGAUCUUGCAGGCCCAAAGCUAUAUUAUUUAAAGUCCUUGCUGACUCAGUUGGUAUAGAUUCUAAACUGCUGGUGGGCAUUCCAAAUGAAGAACCUCAUGGAUAUGAUAAUUCAUCCAAACAUAUGUCUGUUGUGGUCAUUCUGAAAUCUGCGGAGUUUCUAGUUGACCUGAUGCGUUUUCCAGGACAACUAGUUCCAUUUUCAUCCAAAGCUGUUGUCACAUCCCAUAUGUCUGCAACUGGAGAAAGUGAUUCAGCCGACUAUGAUUCCUGUGAUUCUCCUCUUGAACCAAAUAGUCCUCUAUGUGCUCAAAGGCAAGAGCAAGAUGAUGGCAAUAGAUCCUUCAAAGUCCUCUCACUAAGAAACAUCAUGCUCAAAUCGACAAAUUCUAUGGAGGGUAAAAUGAGUUGUUCAUCUCAUAGUGAGCCGAAUGUUGCAAAUGCCUUCUGUGGUCGCAGCCGCGAUAAAGUUGUGGAUGAACAUCAAAGAACUGCAAGCUCAAGUCCAGAGCAUCCACUGUCCAGAGUUCGUGGGCGCUCAAUGCUGGGUGAUAAACAAUAUGGUGGUGCUGUAGCAGUGUCAAGGUCAGAUGGCGCAUCAACAUCAAAUACACAUAGAGCACGGAGAAGUACUAAUAUUACUCCUGAAAUCAGUGAUGAUAUUGUGAGAGCAGUUCGAGCAAUGAGUGAAAGCAUGAGACAAAAUCGCCUUUCAAGGGAGCAGAAGGAUGGUAGUCUUGGAUCCUCAAAUGAUUCAAUGAAACAUGAACCUGCUGGUGACUCCAAUGAUGAUGAAGCAUCCACAAGACGACCGAGUGCACUGGAGGGUUUGAGAAGGCAAUUUAAUAGUCAGAAAGCUGUGUCAUUGCCUUCGUCGCCCAAUAGGUCAGGUAUUCUUGGCCUCAGGAGCCCAUCUGACUAUACAGAAGCCGAUCUGAUGGCGACCUGGAAUGAGGUGUUGCAGUCUUCACCAUUUCUGAACAAGCCUUUAUUGCCUUAUGAGGAAUGGUGCAUUGAGUUUUCAGAGAUCACUGUUGGCAUUCGUGUGGGAGUAGGGUUUUUUGGGGAAGUCUUCCGUGGCCUUUGGAACGGAACAGAUGUAGCUAUAAAAGUAUUUCUGGAGCAGGAUUUGACAACAGAGAAUAUGAAAGAUUUCUGCAACGAGAUAUCAAUACUUAGCCGACUUCGACACCCCAAUGUCAUACUCUUUCUUGGUGCAUGUAUGAAGCCUCCUCACUUAUCCCUAGUCACUGAGUACAUGGAAGUGGGUUCUUUGUAUAGUUUGAUUCACUCAAAAACACAGAAAACUAAGCUCCAUUGGAAGAGGAGGUUAAAGAUGCUCCGUGAUAUCUGUAGGGGUCUCAUGUGCAUGCACCGGCUAAAGAUUGUUCACCGGGACCUCAAGAGUGCAAAUUGCCUCGUUAACAAAUACUGGACAGUCAAGAUAUGUGAUUUUGGGCUCUCUCGAGUAAUGUCAAAUUCUGCAAUGAAUGACAACUCAUCUGCGGGAACUCCAGAGUGGAUGGCUCCUGAGCUCAUUCGCAACGAGCCAUUCACAGAAAAAUGUGAUAUCUUCAGCUUCGGGGUCAUCAUGUGGGAGCUUUGCACUCUUUGUAGACCUUGGGAAGGAAUUCCACCUGUUCAGAUCGUUUACUCUGUUGCGAAUGAUGGGGCAAGACUGGAAAUACCAGAUGGGCCUCUUGGAAGCUUGAUAGCAGAUUGCUGGGCAGAACCGGAGAGGCGUCCAUGCUGCCAGGAGAUCCUGACCCGCCUUCUUGAUUGCGAGUAUACCUUGUGCUGAGGCUUUGCUUCUAGUCUGUAUAGCGGUUAUAGGGGCAUCAGACGGUCUGGCUUAUAUAUACAUCACUUAAUUUUCCAUUUCACAUACAUCAUUGAGGGUGUAAAUUACCAUGUAUUAAUAAGCAAACUUUUUCUAAACCUCUUUAAUGCUA